ACGCUUAGUGCCUCUCCCCCCCGUCUCUCACUAUCUUCCGCUCUGUCUCCAGUCCCUCCAGCACCAUGGCCCCCAAGAAAGUAGAGCCCAAGAAGGUGGAACCCAAGAAGGCCGAGGCCAAGAAGGAAGAGACCCCGGCCAAGCCGGCCGAGCCCGCCCCCCCGGCGCCGCCGGCGCCGUCCUGCGAGCUGGACCUGAAGAGCGUGGUGGUGGAGUUCUCCGCCGACCAGAUCGAGGAGUUCCGCGACGCCUUCACGCUGUUCGACGAGACGCCGGCGGGCGAGAUGAAGAUCCGCUACGCGCAGUGUGGCGACGUGAUGCGGGCGCUGGGCCACAACCCCACCAACUCCGAGGUGCUGAAGCUGCUGGGCAAGCCCAAGGCGGAGGAGAUGAACGCCAAGCUGCUGGACUUUGACACCUUCCUGCCCAUGCUGCAGCACAUCUCGCGCACCAAGGAGCAGGGCACCUUUGAGGACUUUGUGGAGGGCCUACGCGUGUUCGACAAGGAGGGCAACGGCACGGUGAUGGGCGCGGAGCUGAGGCACGUGCUGGCCACGCUGGGGGAGAAGCUGAGCGAGGACGAGGUGGACCGGCUGAUGCUGGGCCAGGAGGACUCCAACGGACACAUCAACUACACCGAGUUCGUCAAGCACGUGAUGGCCGGGUAGAGACGGAGGGGGGCGUAGUGAGGCUGAGAAGAGAAGGGUCUGGGUGUGUUGAAGGUUGUAGGGCAACCCCUCAAGGUCGUUUAGUGGUUAGCUGGGGGUCAUCAGCCAGCGCUACACACAGACAACAUGCCCGCACGCACACGCACACACACACACACACACACACCCACAAACACAUGCACA